AUGCAACUAUCUAAAAGUAUACUACUGGCAGCAUUAGCUGCUACACCAUCUCUGGUGAAUGCCAUGCUCCCCAUCCAUAUCAAGAAUUAUAGGUUCAUUAAGCCAUCCUCUGCCACAAAUAGCGAAUCCGAUAACGAAGUUUUUUUUGUGAAAGGUGUCGAUUAUCAGCCUGGUGGGUCGUCUGGUUACGAUGCUGACUCUGAUACAGAUAUUCUUUCUGACCCUGAAGUGUGUGCCAGAGACGCCUACGCUUUCCAACAACUUGGUGUCAACACAGUGAGAAUUUACUCCCUGAACCCUGACCUAAAUCAUGACAAGUGCAUGACUAUCUUCAACAAUGCUGGUAUCUACGCCAUUUUGGAUGUUAAUAGUGGUAAUUACGGGGAGAGUUUGAACCGUGCUGACCCAUCUGGAACAUAUGACUCUUUGUAUUUGUCAAGAGUCUUCAAAUUUAUUGACGCUUUCAAGAACUACCCUAACGUGCUAGGAUUCUUUUCUGGCAACGAAGUCAUAAAUGAUCAAAGCGACUAUGCAAAAAUUGAUCCUCCAUACAUCCGCGCUGUUCAAAGAGAUAUGAAACAGUAUAUUUCAAAACAUGCGAACAGAAGCAUCCCAGUCGGAUAUUCUGCUGCUGACAAUACUGAUUUGAGGUUAGCAACCUUCAAGUACUUGCAGUGUAAUUCGUUGGAUGGAAACAAAGUCAAUGAUGAUUUGGACAUAUCUAAAUCUGAUUUCUUUGGCCUAAAUACUUAUGAAUGGUGCUCUGGCACUUCUAGUUGGGAAUCUUCUGGCUAUGACAAGUUAAACUCAACUUUCGAAGAUGCUGUUAUUCCGUUGAUAUUUUCUGAGUAUGGUUGCAACAAAAAUACACCAAGAACUUUUGACGAAGUCUCUGAGGGUUUGUAUGGUGGUUUAAAGAACGUCUUCUCUGGUGGGUUGGUAUACGAAUACACUGAAGAAGCUAAUAAUUACGGUUUGGUUAAGCUUGAUGAUAGCGGUUCUUUAACUUAUAAGGAUGAUUUUGUUAAUUUAGAAUCACAAUUGAAGAACGUUUCAUUGCCAACAACAAAAGAAAGCGAAAUAUCUUCUGACUCUAUCUACAAGUGCGAUAACAGUGCCAUCACCAAUAUUUAUUCUGGCUUUGGAACGAACAAUUUCACUUUGCCUUCUCAACCAGCAGAAAUUGCCAAUAUGAUUGAAUACGGUGUUAAUGGCACCAACACCGGUAAGAUAUUGACUGAUUAUGCUGUUCCAACUACUUUUAACUAUACAAUUAAAAACAAUAAAGAUGAUACCAUUUCAGCUACUAUUUCAUACGACAAAGCUAACUCACUGAACGAACUAGACGUCACAGCCACAACGGUCGCAAAGUCAGCUUCCACAUCACAAUCAUCUUCUCGCUCCUUAACUUCAAGCACCAGUCCAUCUUCAAGCACUGGCUCAUCUUCAAGCACCGGUUCAUCUUCAGCUUCAAGCAGCUCCAAAAGUAAAGGCGUCGGAAAUAUUGUUAAUGUUUCCUUUAGUCAGUCUGGAUACCUUGCAUUAUUUGCAGGUCUGAUUUCUGCUCUACUCUGA